GACCGUCCCUUUGGUCUCUCCUAUGUUCGUCUCUUCGGCCCCCCGGAGGAUGCGGCUCCUGCUGUGGCCCCGGUUCGCCGCUUGGGCCCCUUCACCCUCCGGGAUGGGAGCCCCUCCCCCCUCCGCCCCCCCGGGGCCCUCUUCUACAAGCGCCCCCCCUCCCCCACAGCACCCCCCAAGGCCCCUCCCCCAGGCCCCACUUACGCCGAUGCCGCCCUCAAAGCCAGCGCUGGCUCCGCCCCCAAACCCCGGCCCCCCAAGCGCCGCCCCUCCCCCCGCCCCCUUCCUCCACCAAUGGGACGCCGCCGAAGCAGCCCCGCCCCGUCGAGGCCAAAGCCACGCCCCCUCCCGCCCAGGCCACGCCCCUUCCGGCCGCCAUCUUGGCCGGCGUCGUCGUGGCCCUGAGUGGCUUCGAGAACCCCCUCCGUGGCCAAUUGCGCGCCGCCGCCGUUGCCAUGGGAGCCGAGUACAGCCCUGAUUGGACAACGCGCUGCACGCACCUCGUCUCCGCCUUCUCCCGCACCCCCAAAGCCGCCCGGGCCCGCGCGAUGGGGGGGCUCCUCGUGAGCCCUGAUUGGAUCUGGGACUGCCGGAGGCGGGGCCGCCGCCUGCCCUGCCGCCCGUACCUCUUGGAUGGCUCCGCCUCCUCCGGCAGCGAAGAGGAGGAGCCUGAUGAGGCCACGCCCCCUGCGGACCCCACCCCUCACGUGACCAGUGGAGCUGAUUCGGGGGAUGACAGCGACCAAUCAGAGCCGGAUGAUCCCUAUGGGGGCUCCACGGAGGAGAACAGCGAGGAAGAGGAGGAGGAGGAGGAGGAGGAGGAAGAGCCCGUUCCCCCCUUGCCCG